GCAGAAUAAAAGAAACCAAAGAAACGUCAACCUUAAAAUUUUAAUAUUUGUGGUGUAUAAUCGUUGUAAACGAUUUACUUAAACUUAAAGUGAUUAACAUAUUAAUAAAACAAUGAUUCAUAUGCUUACGUGGUUUUCUACAACGUUUAUUUUAAUUAAUUUUUGUCGAGGGAGUAAUUUAGAGCAUGACGGUUGGGUAAACAUUAAAUUAGAACAUUGUCUAUUGCCGUCGGAUAGCCCUAUUUUCACGGAUAGAGGCAACAUCACAAUUCAGAGUUUACGACUAGGCCAAGCAAUUGUAAAUCAAAAUUCAUUAACACAAGAAGAACGUGUCCAGUUGAAGGAAAUGGCUGCAACAAAUCAAUUCUACCAAAUUAGAUCUACAGUUGUGUCAAAUGAUGGCACAGAAAACGUUUUUCUUUCCACUAUCAAAGCUUGCAUGCUUGCUGAAGCUCAACUAGAUGAUAGGUUAUCAGUUUCCCUUGAUUACACAGGAAGAGUGAUUGGCAUCACUUUGCUUAUUGCAUCGAAAUCAACAUGUGAAGGAGCUGUUGUACCCUUAAGUAAAUUAAAAGAAUUUACCACAAGUGUGUAUGUACGGCACCCAGAAGUAGGCCCUGUUCCUGACACAGCUUCUUAUAUACAAAAAAUGGAGCGAGAAAGAGAAGCAAAAGAAAGAGGUGAAGUCAAGGAUAACAGAUCAAUUUUGGCCAAAUACUGGAUGUACAUUGUCCCAGUUGUAAUAUUAUUAAUGGUUUCAUCCAUGGCCAAUCCUGAAGCUGCGGCAAAUGGGGGAGGUGCAUCUAGAUAAAUUAGCUACAUCGUUUUGUUAAUUUAUUUAUGACAUUAAAUUCAUUGUUUAUUUA